UUUCUUUUUGGAAUUUAGGGUUUGCUUUUAUUUAAGAAAUGACUUUGACUGAAAUUGAGAUUUGUUAUUUAGUUAUUUCUGAUUUCAGUGUUCAUUCUUCUUUGACUUUGUUUGUUAAUGCUGUUACUUGUUUAUUGCAUGAAGAAGAAUAAUGUGAGCGGAUGCUAGAAUUACUUAGUUUCCUAUAUUUAGUCGAAAGAGUCUUUCGGUACUAGGUUGAUUAGUGUCUUAAAGAUUAGAAGAGUGAAGAAUGUAGAAUGUAAUGUUAGGGCCUGUUUUCUCCGGCAUAAAACAGUUGAACUGAACUGAAAUGAAUAGUGAUAUGCGAGAGUAAAAGUAUUGUCAAGAGCUGAAUUGAACUGACUGAACUGAUUUGAAUAGUGAUAUGUGAGAGUAAAAGUAUUGUCAAGAGCUGAAUUGAACUAAACUGAACUGAUUUGAAAAUAAGUUGGGGAGAACAGACCCUUAGUAGAUGUUAGAUAACAACAGUAAGAAAGAGGUGAUUAGAACAUGUGAAGGGGCCAAUUUAAAUUUGAAUGCGAUUGACUUAAAUGAUGACGAGGAAAAUUAUGUUGUUCAUAGUGUUCAUUUUUUCGUAGUUUAUCUAUCAGAGUAGAAUUCUUGAAAUGUAGGUGAACAAAUCGCGCACAUUCUUGAGUGUGAUCCUUAUCGGUCAGGAGUGUAUAUCAUGUUCAUCGGAAAGCUACAGGAGUUGACUAACUAAUGGGUUUCAGUUUUUGAAACUUCGACAGGCAUAACCGCACAAUCACUUUAUAAAGUGUGGUAGGAUAGCAGCAGUGUAGAGUUGGGAACUGGAGCAAGUUAGAAGAGUCUAUGGUUGGAGGUUCUCGUAAUUAUCACAUACCAAGGUCCACAUAUAGCCACAUAUGACAUAUCUUAAUGCAACUAAUACUCGUAGCUUCAGUAUUAAUUACAGUGUCGCUCUCUCAUCACUAUUGACGGUAUUGGCAGUAGCAGUACCAACUUGUACGUUAAUUACAUGUCGAUGGCAACAACGAGUUGUUCCCACUUGCUUUUUCCAUUGUUGAAGCAUAGAACAUUACUAGUAGUUUGCCAUGGUUCAUGGCAGGUAUAAGGAGAUUAGUCACCAAAUAAUAAUUCUCUGUUUGAUUUGAAAUAACAUUGGUUUUCAUGCUGCAUUUGCCUCUUGGCUUCGAAUACAAAACUCAAUUUUGGAACAAAGAAUUGAAAGAACUGUGUAUUUGGACAACCUUCCAAUGUUAAGAUGUAUGAGAAUUCCUCAAAUAGUGAGGUUCUCAUUGAAGAAAUGGAAGACCAAGAAGAUGACGGCGAUGAGCUGUUUGAAAUAGAAGCUGAUGACAAUGAACGUGAAGGUCGCCAUGGAUUUGUAAUUGAGGGUGAUGACCAUGAGAAUGAUGGUGAACAAUUUUUUGAGAUUGAUGCCAAUAUACAUGAGGGAAAUGAGCAGGUGCUGGAUCUUGAAGCUGAGGACCACUGCAGUAAUAGUCAACAGUUCCUUGAGGUGAGGGAUCAUAAUGCAGAAAAUGACACCUUUCAAGUGCUUGAUCUUGAUGGCAAUGACCAGGAACAUAACCAGGGAAACAAUAUGAUGGGUAUGGAUGAUGAAGACGGGUUAUCUAAAGAGAAGUAUUACCAUCCACCCGCUGUGGGCAUGGAGUUCGAAUCCUAUGAUGAUGCUUAUAACUACUAUAACUGCUAUGCUAAGGAAUUGGGUUUUGCUAUCAGGGUGAAAUCCUCAUGGACAAAACGCAACAGCAAAGAAAAGCGUGGUGCAGUACUCUGCUGCAAUUGCGAGGGUUUCAAAACAUUGAAAGAAGCAACCUGCCGCAGGAAGGAAACAAGGACAGGUUGUCUAGCAAUGAUAAGGUUGAGGUUGGUGGAAACAAAUAGAUGGCGGGUCGAUGAAGUUAAACUUGAACACAAUCAUUUAUUUGAUCCUGAAAGGGUGCAGAACUCCAAGUCACACAAGAAAAUGGAAGUAGGGUCAAAAAGAAACUUAGAGCCAACUGUUGAUGUAGAAGUACGAACCAUCAAGUUAUACCGUACUUCUGUAAUUGAUGCAGCCAAUUCUUGGACUUCAAGCUCCAGGAGAACAGAGAAUAGUAACCACAUUCAGUCCUGCUGCUUGCAGCUCAAAGCUGCAGAUUCACAAGCAAUACACGGUUUUUUUUGUCAGAAACAGCUAACAAGUCCAAAUUUCUUUUACAUUAUGGAUUUGAAUGAUGAAGGUCAAAUGAGGAAUGUAUUUUGGAUAGACCCCAAAGCAAGAGCUGCGUACAGUUACUUUGGGGAUGUUGUGGCUGUUGAUACAACAUGUUUGUCAAACAAAUAUGAGAUACCACUUGUGGCUUUCAUUGGAAUUAAUCACCAUGGGCAGUCUAUUUUGCUUGGUUGUGCUUUCAUUGCAGAAGAAACUGUGGAAACCUAUAUAUGGCUGUUUAGAACGUGGCUUACAUGCAUGUUAGGACGGCCUCCUCAAACUAUUAUCACAGACCGAUUCAAGAACAUUCAAAGUGCGAUUUCUGAUGUGUUUCCUCGGGUCCAUCAUCGGUUUUGGUUGCCACAAGUGAUGCAAAACAUUCUUCUCAACAUGGGCCAACUACAAGAAUCUGAAGCAUUCCAAUCAAUCUUGAAUGUAACAGUUUACAGGUCUCUGAAAAUUGAUGAAUUUGAGUCUUCAUGGGACAACAUGAUAGAGCAGUUUGGCACUAGGGAUCAUGAGUGGCUUCAGAUCUGUUAUGAAGAUCGAGAAAAAUGGGCCCCAGUUUACCAGAGGGAUACAUUUCUUGCAGGACUUUUUGCUGCUCAAGUAGGUGAAUCCUUCAUUCCCUUUUUUGCUGGUCAUGUCCAUGAAAGAACCUCUAUAAAAGAAUUCUUCGACUUUUAUGAUGUUAUCAUGCAAAAGAAACGACUAAGGGAAGCACUCGAUGAUCUUGAGUCCAGUGGAUCCAACCUAUUGCUAAGAACAAGAUGCUACUAUGAGCUACAACUAUCCAAAUUCUAUACUAAAGAAAUAUUUGAAAAAUUCCAAGUUGAAGUCGAGAUGAUGGCUUGUUGUGUGACCAUUAAUCAAGUUCAUACUUCUGGGCAUGUCUGUACUUAUGUUGUAAAGGAACAUGAGAAUGGAGGCAUCAAGGAGCUCAGAAGCUUUGAGGUGAUGUACGAUAAAGCAACAGUUGAAGUCCGGUGUGUAUGUGGUGGUUUUAACCUUAAUGGCUAUCUUUGUAGGCAUGCCUUGAGCGUCCUCAACCACAACGGUGUGGAGGAGAUACCAUUCUCUUAUAUUCUCCAACGAUGGAGGAAGGACUGUAAGCGCUUGUACGUGCCGGAUAUUAGAUCUAAUGCCAUUGAUAUAACCAAUCCUACUCAAUGGUAUGAACAUUUGCACAAACGAGCAAUGCAAGUAGUUGAAGCAGGUGUGGUGUCUCAAGAUCAUUAUAUGGUGGCUUGGCAAGCCUUUUUGGAGUCCUUAAAUAAAGUUCGCCUCACGGAAGAGAAGCAUGUGUGAUGUAUAAUAUUUUUCAAAAUGUAAAGUUGAUUUUAGUAACGUGGUUGUGUGAAAUAGGGAAAAUAUCAAUUGAAACUUGGCAUUCUGAGCUAUAUGUGCAUUCCCAAAAAAAAAUUAACCCGAAAGAAAAUGCAGAGCAUCAUUCACUCACUGAUGAUCUAAUUGAUGAGUCCGGAUCCUCUGGAGUUUUAGUGGAGCUCAUAAAUUGUGGUGAUUGUAAUGAUUUAUAGUAUGUAAUUUUUGUAUAAAAAGUAAUUUAUCAAUGCGGGAUCUUGUUUACUUC